GCACGGCCUCCGCGCUGCUCCCGCCGCCGCCGGGGUCCGGAGCCUGGGGGCGCGGCGCCGAGCUGCGGCCUCCCCCGCUCCCUGCCCGGCCUCCCCGCGCCCCUGCCCGCUCCCACGGCCCGCUCCCGUCAGCCGGGCCCAUUGCUCCCCGCCGAGCCCGGUCCCGCCUCGGCUCAGCCCGCUGCCCCCCUCAGCCCCGCCGCUGCCCGGGACCCCCUCGGCCGAGCCAUGUCGCUGCACGGGAAGCGGAAGGAGAUCUACAAGUAUGAGGCGCCUUGGACCGUGUACGCCAUGAACUGGAGCGUCCGGCCGGACAAGAGGUUCCGUCUGGCGCUGGGGAGCUUCGUGGAGGAGUAUAACAACAAGGUGCAGCUUGUGGGUUUGGAUGAAGAGAGCUCAGAAUUCAUUUGCAGGAACACCUUUGACCACCCCUACCCUACCACCAAGCUUAUGUGGAUCCCAGACACCAAGGGAGUAUAUCCAGACCUGCUGGCAACUAGUGGUGACUAUCUGCGAGUGUGGAGAGUGGGUGAAACAGAGACCCGGCUGGAGUGUUUGCUGAACAACAACAAGAACUCUGAUUUCUGUGCUCCACUCACAUCAUUUGACUGGAAUGAAGUGGAUCCUUAUCUUCUAGGUACAUCUAGUAUUGACACAACCUGCACUAUUUGGGGUCUGGAGACAGGACAGGUUCUGGGAAGAGUAAAUCUGGUCUCCGGCCAUGUGAAAACCCAGCUUAUUGCACAUGACAAAGAGGUCUAUGACAUUGCCUUCAGCCGGGCAGGCGGCGGCAGAGACAUGUUUGCUUCAGUCGGUGCAGAUGGCUCGGUGAGGAUGUUUGAUCUCCGUCAUCUGGAGCACAGCACCAUCAUUUAUGAGGACCCACAGCACCAUCCACUGCUGCGUCUCUGCUGGAAUAAGCAGGAUCCCAACUAUCUUGCUACAAUGGCCAUGGAUGGUAUGGAGGUUGUGAUUCUGGAUGUCAGAGUUCCCUGCACUCCUGUUGCCAGGUUAAACAACCACAGAGCAUGUGUAAAUGGAAUUGCUUGGGCACCUCAUUCAUCCUGCCACAUUUGCACAGCUGCGGAUGACCAUCAGGCUCUCAUCUGGGAUAUCCAGCAAAUGCCUCGUGCCAUUGAGGACCCUAUCUUGGCCUAUACAGCAGAGGGAGAAAUCAACAAUGUACAGUGGGCAUCAACUCAGCCAGACUGGAUAGCUAUCUGCUACAACAACUGCCUGGAGAUCUUGAGGGUGUAACAUUACUGCUUCAUGCCACAGUGAGGCAGGGCUGUAUAACUACCCCUCCCCUCUAAAGUAAGAACAACGCAAGUCAAGUGGCCAGUAUCUGUGUUGCUUUGCAUCUACUGUUACAAGGAACUGUUACAAGAAUCAAUGGCAGGUUUCUCCUGUCUCUCCAAGACUCUAAAAUGCAGAGACGUGCUGAGCCUCUUGGACCUUCUGGGUUCUGGUUUCCUUCUUUUUCCCCCUCAGUUAAAGUUCUGUAUAUUUGUUUGACUGUAUUAAGAAGCUUGCAGGCUUUUAAGUUGCAGCAUAUGUCCAUGUGUGUGUCAGCCAGCUGAGGUAGCACAUCAACUAGUUUAAUAGAUGCAGGUGCAAAACAAGGUGUGUGGAGGGGAAGACACUGAUGUUAACAGCCACCUUGGCAGGAAUCUGUAGCAUUCCUGUUGUUGCUGCCUCUAAACUGUUGAAACAUUUGUAUGUUUUUUAUAUAUUGGGCUAUAACUUUCUAUUGAGUAAGGUGGUUUUUUUUUUCCUCCCUAAUUCUUACUUUUGAUAUGUGAUCCAUUUCCAUAUGCCCAAAGCAGGAUCUGUUCCUUGACACAACACUGCAGGCUCCCUGGCAGUAAAGGCCUGCCAGAAUUAACUGUUGCCUUGGCUCUUAUACCUGGUGAGCUGGGCAGAAUUUCCUGGUGCUGUGAAGUACAAGUACUUGUUGCACAACUUCUUUACACUUCUCUGAUGCUAGAGGCAGUUGUUACUAUGGUAGGCCUUAUUUUUAACUUAUAACUGGAUUUGUGUGUAUCCUGCACUUGUGGUAGCUGACAGAAUGGUUAUAGGUUUCAGGAAGAAGAUACGUGCAUGAUUUAAGCUCCCAGGAGGUAAACUGCUCCUGGCAAAAUGUGAUUUGUAAUGGACUUGGGAUUGAGACUUCCAAUCAAAUGAUUUCCCUUCGGAAGACUUCCUAUCUAAACCAAAAUAAAAUGGUUUCACACUUUGUAGCUUGCUUGAUUGGCAAAUGAUCUGAGCAAGAUUUUGGGCUUAGCUUGUACCUUGGGCUGUAUUCCUGGGAGUUCUUGAGAGGACUGCAAAGCAAUCUUCCUUUCCAAAGUGUAUUUGUUCUGUACUGUCAAGUCUUGUUGAAUGAGGGAGAUGAGUCAGAAGAGCUGGUCUGCUCUCGAGAUAAAAGCUGUUUCUCUGAAAGAAAUUAUUCCCUAAUGCAAUGCACAAAGAUAGAUGUCGAAGGAAAGAAAGCACCACUGAGGCUAAGGUUUGGCACUUGUCACCCUCAUAGCUUUGGGGGAUGUGCCCAAGGGCUUCUGUUUCAGUUUUGAAGAGUGAAUCACUCUACAAUAACACUUUUCAAUCAAAGCUGAGGGGGUUAGGCAAGAUAAAAGUCAUCGCUGAAGUCUUAAUGUAAUGUGGCUACUCAGAUGGAUGCUCUGCAGUACUGUCCCAGUGAAGACAUGCCAGGCAUAGCUGGUCUGGGAGGUUAUUCCAGCUGAGUCUUGAUGUAAAUGUCAGAACUGAUCAAAGUUCUUUCCACCUAGUGAGUAUUCACGUGCAAUUGGAGGCAGCAGGACACUGGCAAAUGUGGCUCUUGGCAGUUUGUGCAGGAAAGGCAAGUUGGGAAUGUGAUUGCAGUGAAACAGUGAAGCUGACACUGAAAGUACUGUCAAACAGAGAACAGAAUCAGAGGAGUUUCAUCACUCUGGACAUACAGCAAUACUCUUCUACAGGCUGCUUCUCAAUGUGGAGCUCAGGAAAGCACUGCCUGGCUUUGAAUUUGAUAGGAUUUCAGUAGGGACAGCUUUAUUCUGUCACUCUUUUUACUAUCAGAGAACCAAGAGACUCUCACACAGUUCAGGCUCAUGUUUUGUCAAUGCCAUUCUGUGUUUGGUUGUGGGAUACUUGAUAGAAAGCUUGAUUUGACUUGAAGGUCAGUUUUUUCUUACUAGCAGCAGUGCUAUGAGUCCCAUAGAUCUGAUCUAAAUGUCAGACCAGUGUUAGCUGAAUGAUAGGGUACCACUUAUUACAAUAACACUUCAUCUUAAGCUGGCAAAUACUUGUGCAGAACGAAGUGAAGAGGAAGAUUUCCUUAAUAGAGGCACUUAAUGGCAUUCACAGCUUUAGAUACUCAUUUACAAAUCUGUACUUGUCAUGUACUGUUUAAUUAUGAACGGUAGGCAUAAUAUGCUGUGUUACUAAGAGGGAACUACCUGUAGUUUUAAUACUUUCUGUAGUCCCCUUUAUACUUCAAAGCCAUCUUGUAUCGAUGGCAUGAGUAAAAGAUGGUACAUCUGUGGCUCACCUUAAAAAUGCAGCUUUUACAGCUGCAGAGCUGUGCUUUAAAAAAGACAAAAGACAGUUUAAAGUCACUAAAAGACUCCAUAGGCUAUAUUAAAUGGCAAAGGCAGUUUAUUCCUAGAGGAAUACAAUCUAUUAUACUAAGAUAAGGGAGCAUGUAUAAGAGAGCUAAUAGCCUAACAGCUCAGGUAGCUUUUGCUACUGUUGGAAAACAAUUCUGUUAUGAACUUGAUGAGUGUCAGUUCUUCCAUCCAUAAAACUGCUUAAAGUUAUCUGUGGAACUUGGAAACCUGUUGCAAACUUGUCAAAGACAAGCGAAGGCAUCUUGUAGGCUCCAGUGGGUUCUAAAUAAAGCCUGAAUCCUGUUUGUUUAGCCAGUUGGGGUACCUUCUGGAUCCACAACAUAUUGCUUUGGGCAUAAUCCAUUGUCAUUCUUCAUAUGAAAUUACAUUUGAAAUCACUGGAGGCUGGUUUAGAACACGGAAAUGCUCCUUAAAAUAGCUUCUUUUCAAAGGAGUCACUUGAAAGGUUAAUGACUGAAAAGACAUGAAAAUCCUCAUGGGUGAGAUGUUCUGUAGUGCAAAUGGCACUUCCAGAUAGAGAAGGAAGUGAGAGGCUUUGGUGCCCUUUUGCCAGCACCUGCUGACACAGAGGCAGGAAACUCAUGGUCUGCCUCCUGCUUCAAGUUUGUUUGCAAGAUAAAAUAAGCCCCUGAGCCUUGUCACUGUAGUCUGUGAUUCAGAAGGUACAGUUUUUGUCAUGUUUUGCAUGCUUAACAAUGAUGUUGAGUGUAAAGGCCCUAUAAGCAUUAGUUUUGUCCAGGAGUUUACUGCACAAGCAGAGGAUGCAGAGCAACUGCUUUCACAUGCUUCCUAUCCCUUGAGUACAAAGUAACAUGCAGGGAAAAGUGAGCAUCAGUGAGGUUAGCAAAGCAGAACAUCACAUGCUAUUGUUGGUAUAGGCAAGACUGAUUUUGGGGCAGAAAGAUACAGACUUAUGUAGUUCUGUAUCACUUCUCCAGUCGAUUAAUUCCAGAUCCUAAGCUAAUGUUUGGUGGUUAUAUUCUGUUUUAAACCAAGUUCUCUUGGUUUAAACAGAAUGUAGAUUCCUGCUUAUAUAUUGGCCCUCAACCAGGAGAUCUUGAUCGUGUAAAACUCAUUAGUAAGGUGAAAACAAGGUGGCUGGCACAUUAGUGCAGAGGGUGCCAGCUCUGUUAAUUCUCUAAAUGAAAUGGGCUAUGGGAGGUUGCAUCUCUAGGAAAUGUACUGCAUGCAGGGAUUUAAAAGGCAAGGAUCUGAGUGCUCUGACAAUCUAUUUAGAAAGAAAACAAAGUGGUUUCAAAGAAUGAUGCAAAAGGAGACUGGAUAAUACAGGUUGUUCCUUAUGGAACCUUGAAAUGUACUGAACGGGGGAGGCAUUGCCUCUCAUAAGUCAAACUUAAUGAUCCUUUCAAAACUUAGCUGCAAGUACUCUCCUGAAUGUUCUGGAUAAUAGUAAAAAGAUCUAUUUUUGCCUGGUGUUGCAAUGAGAAAGCUGCAUCAGUCUCCCCUGCAGAUCACUGCAUGCCAGAGCCUAGGUGAGGGGAGGAGUCCCAUAGCUUAGAAUUCACAGAUGCUGUUGUGCUUGUUUUAAAUGUAAAUGAAGAAAGCUGAGUGUGUCUGGUUUGUUCUCUUGCAGAUGGCACUUUAUCAAGUAUAUUUUUGGUGAGAUUAGGAGGGGAGUCGUCUUUUCCUCAGCCCUUUUAUGGUAGGCAUUUGUCUGUGUGUUGUAUGAAACGUUAAACACCACGGUCACCAAAACCCUAAACUGGCUGUGGUGGUUGUGGACCCUCUUUUGGUUCCACUGAACACCAAAACUGAGCACUUGACAAUGCUGUUAAUGUGAAACUGAAGCUCUGUAUUGAGACUGCCACAACCAACCCAAGCAGCCUCGUGCUGGUUGUUACCCACAGAGUCCCUUUUGCUGAGGACCUUGAUGGUGUUUUGAGUCUUCUGCCAUCCAAACAGGAUGGCAGAAGUUGGUUGUGUAAAGAUGUAGCUGGAUUCUUUGCUUAACUUAUUUUUGUGAUAGACAAACUGCAGCUGCUGUCUGUAAAGUCUAACCUAAACUCUGGAACUUGUCCUUUCUUUCUCAGUGGUAUUUAAACUCUUUCAGGCCAUCCUGAAAAGGAUGAACAGCAGCAAGGGUAAGCUCUUGGCUCAAUAGAUUGCACAGUUCCAUCAAGGUACUGAAGGGUUUAGUCUUCCCACUGCUUACUGGUCCUGCCACCCCAAAUCCUGGCUAUAGUACCCCAUCAGUUAACACAUUCUCUAUGAUACAUGUUUCCUGCUUUCUAGCAGUAUUCCAGAGCAGGCCUGUGCUUAUGGUACAAUGAACGUGAAAAGGAAGUGUCCAAAAUCAGCUCUGGAAUGAGCAAUGGCCCCGCUUCUCUUGAUCUUUGCAGAGAAUCCAAGGAAUCAGUUGUAUGUGGCACUUACUGAGCACUUUCUCACACUUACUUGGAGAUGCAGCUGCAUUCCCCCUGCUUACCUGAGAACAGUCAGGAAUGUCUGGUUUUCAAGGACAUUGAGAGGACUGUAGCAUGCCCAUGGCUCCUCUCUUUAAAGGGAAGACAUCCCCAGUACUGAUCAGCACCUUUCACCAGCACUAAAACCUGGUAAAUAUAGAAUGCAGCUGAAUCCCAGUCACUCACUAGUGAUUCAUGGCAGUCUCCAGAGGCAAAGGCACCUGUGAGUCUGGCUUGCUGCUGCCCCAUUCCAGAUGAUCCCUUUGCCAAGUAUCCCAGUGGCCUGUUGUGCAGCCUCUGAUACUUGGCAUCAAACUAGAAUCCCCAUCAUCAUAAAAGCAAUGUACAAAGUUACCCACGUGGCUUCCAUCAAGUUGAUUUCUGGUCAGAAAAUGUAACCAAGAGAAGAAAUAAGCUGUUUCCUGAAGAAAAUGCUGUGGCCAUGAGCAGCUGCAAGCCCAUGUUCCAGCUGUCAUCCCUUGGAGUUUGCUUUCCUGCUUGCAAGACAUGCGACUCACCAGUCCCCUCGGAUAGAGAUGAGGAUGAGUCUGUGGAACCUGAGCAGGGGCAGAAAUGCAAGAGGCAGAGAAUGAGUGAGUCUGGUCCAGCUGAGAAGCUUUUCUUUUCCUUUGACACCCUGGUAAAUAUGAAUUCUGCAAUCUACUGCUUAAAGGAACCUUUUCUUUUGUUAGCCUUGGGUUGGUCGCAGUGCCCAACGUAGCUGAAACCUGUUGCACCGAAGCAUUUUUGUUCCCAGUAGUCAAGUAGAUGUUCACUUUUCUGUGUGUUUUCCCUUCUGCUCUUCCCACUCACCGUCCCGUUGUGGUAAUUUCCUGAAGGUGUAAUAUUUGUAGCAUGAUUGUACAAGCAUCCAUAGGCGAUUCCUGACAUCUUGUUCUCACUAAACUAUGUUAAAGCAAUAGUAGUUCUACUUCUGUCCUCCUUUUCUCCACGUUCCCUAUUGAGAUUUGUAACUCUGCUGCUGUCCUAGAGGAAUCCUAGUAUCCUGCUAUUCAACAGACCUAUGUUGUUGACAUGGAUAACUGCAGUGUCCCUAUAUUCCUUUAUUUUUAUGGAGAAAAUACAAAACCCAGUUUUGUUACAAUGGAUUUUAACACCUGAAUCAUGGAACCAUGUUGUUGAAACCUUAAAUUUAAACGCAACUUUCUGAAAUGGCUUGGACGUUGCAUCCUUUUAUGCUCUUUCCUGCUUCCUAUGUAGUUCGAUUCCGGUUUUUUAACCUCCUUUCUAAGUUUCAGCCUCCUGUGUAUUAGGUACAGUAUUUUCUGCCUUUCAUACUUUGUAAUAAAAAUGGAACAUUUGUAGAUCGA